AUGGACGAAAAAGCGGUGCGAAGAUGGAUGCAUGCAUUUCGAGAUCGUUACCUGAUUCAGCUUAUGAAAAGUUCGAAUAAAUCAGGGACAAACGGGCCGGCUGCUCAGAGGGAUCAGAGAAAACCACAUGUGCGUGGUAAAUUUUGCUAUAUAUCAAAGCCAAGUGAACACAAUGGUGGUUUGAACAAUUGUCAAGUGGACAUUUUUAUGAAGAGUUCUGAUAUCGCUGACAGUGUCGAAAAUAAAUGGAGAGAUAUCAGAGUCGUAGGAGAAAAAACCUCAUCAAACAAACAGCUAGCUGAUCAGAUCCAUCUGUUAAUGAGGAACAUGCGCGAAAUCUUCUAUUCGCAGCCGCUUCGUCGAUUUGCGCAUGGGUUCUGCUUGCACAACAAUCACUUGGAGCUCUGGAUUGUCGACCGGGCAGGUGCAUAUAGCUCUGGUGAAAUAGACGUGUCGAAGAGCCAGGAAAAACUGAUCCGGGCAUUGUUGUCAUACAUGCUCAUGAGUGAUCAAGAUCUCGGACUGGACUCAAUCACUAGCUACGAUAGUCACGGUCGAUGUUUCGUCACCGUUCCAAACGGCAAGACAUCAGUGGAAAAAAUUGAGGUGAAACCCUUACCAAUAGUUCGGCCGGAAACUAUAGCUACGCGAGGAAUCAAGUACUUGGAGACUAAAGAUAGCAUGUAUAUGCUAAAGUUCUCUUGGAGCACUGAGUCUGUGGAAUACGAGACCAAAAUUUUCAAAAGUGUAAAAGACGUGACAGGCGUCAUCAAAUUGAACUACUCUUCUGAUCUUUAUGAUAUCAAUGAUCACCGAAUGGAAAUGAAAUUUACGGAAGACAAAAAAUGGGACAUCUGUUUUGGUGAUCGAACUCUCUACUAUAGCGUUUCGACGGGAUCUCAGGGCAGGAAAUCUUACAUUCAAAGUAAACUUACUUAUGCUAAGUUUUCACCGGCAGGACGACCCCUUCAGUCUUCUUCGACGGCGGAUGUAACGGGUGCAAGUAAAGGGUUACUUAUCGGUCUAGAUAAGGCUUUGUAUCGUCAGGAGAAAAAAGGUAAGAAACAGCGUGAAAGAUUAACCGGAACUAGAAAGUACAUGGCGCUAGAACUUUUAGAAGCUAUUGAAGAAAACGAAAACAUCCUAAAGCAAACUUACCGUCAUGAUCUUGAAUCAUUCUUCUACGUUCUCAUAGUUGGAAAACGAAUAUUAAAUUAUUUCACUCCCGUGUUUGAAUGUGUUCAGAAGCUCGCACGGAGUCUUCGCCAAAUACUCUUUGAAGAUAAAUCGGUGGGAUACGGGACACCGGAAGAUCCUAACGUGCUGUAUGAUCCUAUAAUUCGUGCCUUCGAUGACACUAUCCAGAAACUUGAUGGUGAGAAAGUUUUCCAUUCAAGUUUAAUUAUAGUUCUCUUAUUUUAUAUAUUUGCUGACGUUGUCCAUCAUGUUUGA